AUGGCUUCAACAGAGGCAAUAAUUCAAUUAGGUAUCUUAAUCCUAACCUUAUCACUCUUCUUCCUCAUGCAUUAUCUCCGAAACCAAACAACCCAAUCCAAAACCCGAACCCGCAAUAAAACCGAACCAAACCGCCACAUAAACCAAGCAUCACGUCACCUGAACCGGGCCCGAUCCACAACAAACAAAGCCCAACACGCUAAAAACGCUCUCGUAGAAGCCGAUCAAGCCCUCUCUCUAACUCCAAGAGAUCCUACCGUUCACAUUCUCCGAGCACGAGCACUUCACAUCAUGAACCACCGCACCGCCGCCAUCAGGUCCCUUAACAUCGCUCUCUCUUUACCGGCCGCGAAGUUGCUUUCAUCGGAAGAGCGCGCCGAGGCGUUGGUUUUUAGAGCUGAGAUGAAAUUGGAAGUGAAUCGACGGCGGCGAGUUGACUCGGCGAUGGAGGAUGUUGUGGAAGCGAUUACAGUGAGUGGUGAGGAAUAUGAUAAUUUGGAUUCGAUGAUGUGUUUGUUGGGGAAAUGUUAUGAAUGGAAAGGGAUGAAAGAAGAAGCGAGGAAUUUGUUCCAGAAGGUUCUAGAUGAUGUUGAACCUGAUUCGGUUGAAGCUCGUAACGGGUUGAAACGCUUAGGCCCAUGA